ACUUUAGAGAUUCACAGAAUCACUGCAGAACUUAGAGGUGGAAAACACAAAUCUUAAAAUCACUAGAAAGUAGAGAACUCUUUAUCCAUGGAGCAAACCACUUUACUUAAGGAAUCUUGAUUAUCAAAAUCUAGAAAAGACAUUCAAAAGUGAGGAAAACGAUUACAAAAGCUAAAUAUUAGUUACUUAAAACUGAAUGUCAUCCAACCCAAUAAGUGUUUUUCUUUAACUUUUUUGUUCCUAGUUGUAGUUUGAUUAAAGUGGUUAAAUGUAAUGAGUGGGAAUGACUAUUUAGAACAAAGUAAGAACUCAAUCUGCAGGUUAAUCCACCUUAAAUUAAUUAUCCUCCAAUAUAAAUUUGACUUUUAUUGGAACAACAAUCCAGAAUAAUGCUAUUAACAUUUUGAACUUUAAAAUAACAUCCUUAACAUUGAACCAGAAAUUUAAAAGGACAUUUGAGUUGUGCUUUUAUGCAUUUAUUUUGGUCUCAAAUCAAAUAUUUUUGGAUUUUGUCUGAUUUCUAUAGUUUUCUAGUUCCUGAGAUAAAUUCUCCACUGUGGUGAUUUUGAGGAAAAGUUUUGAGCUCAAAGUAAAAAAAACCCAAAACUGAAAAUGUUUUAAAUCUUUUAAGUAUCAAAUAGUUUGCAGUGUGUAAAUUAAAGCGUUUUGUUGAAGUCUUCAAGUCAGAUUUUUACAUGAAUCUUUAAUCAUAUUUAUGGUUAAAUCAAAGGGUAAAAUAUUGUAGUUUAAACAGUUUCUUCAAUAGUGACGAAUUUGAGUUUUUUGUCGUUUUUCUGUCUUAUGUCCAAAAGAGGAAACAAAAACCACAUUUGAGUUUACUGCGGCAAAAACUUAAAAAACGCUUGAAUACAAUUAAACUGAACAAAGCACUGUACUGUAAGAGCUAAACACAACAAAACAAAUGUAAUAAAUGAAUAAACAUAAAAGCAAAAGCAUGGAGGUCAGAACAUAAAAGAAAACUUUGAGGGUAGAAACAUUAAACACAAAACUUUAGUGUAAAAUAACAGCAAAAGUGACUAAAAGCUCGAUGAUAAAAAUGAGUCAAGUUUUAAAAUAGACAUUGAAGAUUCUUCUGUCCACUUUUAAAAGCUUCAGAGCACAAAUGGAAAAGACUCGAUUUCCUUUUAGACCUCAGUACUUGAAGGAGGAGCUGAUUAGCUGACCUCAGACUCUGGAUGUAAUACACUUAACACACAAGACACUUUUUUAAAUAAAUGGUCUAACAUUUAAAAGUCUGAAGUGGAUGGAAGGUCAUUCCUGUUUGUUUAGUGUGUUUGGCAAAGAGACGCAUUUAAAAAAAAUCUGUUAAAUCAGAGGAAAGUGUAUUAAUGAACUGAAAUGUCUCCAGUGACUCGGGUCUACAUUGUUGUUUACAGUUCCAGGUCAGUCUGCUGUCCUACAGGAAGUUUUAUUGUGAAAGAACAAGUCUUCAGCUGUAAUUUCACACUACAGCCAGCAGAUGGCGACAUUUCCUGCUGCUCUAGUGUUGGUCAGUUUCGGAGGAGGAGGAGGAGGAGGCGGAGGCGGAGGCGGUCUUCCUCAUCGAGGAUCCAUGAACAAUCCUUCAUCUGGAGUUCCUGAUGCGCCGCCGCGUUGUUGGAAAGAUGAAACUUCUAUGAGAUUUCUUCACUCUGGAUCUUUCGUUUCAGCUUCCGGUUGGACUUCAUUGGCUGCUUAACUUCCCGCAGACUCUCAUAGGAGGAUCCUGUCAGCUGGAUUUGAUCCGCUGAUCCACCUUUGUGGGACUGGAUGAGCCAUGAGGCUGCCGCCCGCGUGCCCGCGCGCAACAGUGGAUUUCUAGGAUGACAAACGCACUUUAGUGCGCAAACUCCGAGACAUUGGAACCCCAGAAAUGAGCGCGCGGCCCUGAAGCGUGUGAAUACCUGUGAGAGGAGGGCAUUGGACUGAAGUUCAGGUGUUGGAGGAAGGUUUUGGUUUCUGGAUCUCCAUCCGCUCUGUGCGUCAUUACGCACACCGGACUCUGGGAAGAGGAUGGCAGCCCAGCAGCUCCGGACGCAGAUCCUCUUCACGUCUGUGUACUUGUUUGUGUUGAGCAGCACAAUGGCAGAAGUUCCCGAGGAGGAAGGCUUCAGCGCUGAGGCGUGGCUCCGUCAGUUUGGCUACCUGUCCCAGGUGAGCAGACAGAUGUCCACCAUGCAGUCGGCGCAGAUCCUGUCCAGAGCCAUCGCCGACAUGCAGCGCUUCUACGGGCUGGAGGUGACGGGGGAGAUGGACCCGGCAACCACGGCAGCCAUGCGGCGGCCUCGCUGCGGCCUCCCCGACAGAAGACCUGAGGAGGCCGAGGACAGAGCCAGGAGGAAACGCUACGCGCUGACGGGGCAGCAGUGGGACAAGGAUCACAUCACCUACAGCAUCAUGAACCAGAACGUUCCCACCUCGCUGGGAGAGCAGAGGACCUCCGGUGCCAUCCGCCGGGCCUUCGACGUCUGGAGGCGGGUCACGCCGCUCACCUUUCAGGAGCUUCCCGCCGCGAACAUCAACAGCAGCCAGGCGGAGCUCGGCGACAUCCUGCUGCUGUUUGCCUCUGGUUUCCAUGGUGAUAUGUCCCUGUUUGACGGCGAGGGCGGGUCCCUGGCCCACGCGUACUAUCCCGGACCGGGGAUAGGAGGGGACACGCAUUUUGACUCCGACGAGCCGUGGACGCUGGACAGCGAGAACCCGGAGGGUAUCGACCUCUUCCUGGUGGCGGUUCACGAGCUGGGUCACGCUUUGGGCCUGCAGCACUCGGAUAACCCCGACGCCAUGAUGGCUCCGUUUUACCAGUGGAUUCACCCGCAGAACUUCUCUCUGCAUGAGGACGACGUCACAGGAAUACAGUACAUUUAUGGUCCUCCUCUCAUCACAGAAGCCCCGCCCACUUCUCCUCCGGCGCUUGACGACCGUCCCAUCGAUGACGUCACCCCUUCCUCGUCCCUCCCUCCUGAAUCUGAACCCACGUCUUCCUUCACCUCCCCCUCCCCCCCCGACUUGACCACCGAGGGCAACAUGGACCCCCCUGGCCCGCCUGAGCCAAGCCCCACCCUACUUCCCACCGUGGCCACGCCCACCCCCACCAACUCCCAGCCAGUUACCCCGCCCAUAAGGAAAGAGACCCCGCCUCCACCCAGGCAGCCGAAGCGGCCGGACAACCGCCCCCCCGACAUCUGCGAGGGGGACUUUGACACGGUCACCAUGCUGAGGGGGGAGAUGUUCGUCUUUAAGGGACGCUGGUUCUGGCGAGUGCGGAGGAACCGGGUUCUGGAUAACUAUCCCAUGCCCAUAUCUGUCUUCUGGAUCGGUCUGCCCAGCGACAUCGAUGCAGCCUACGAACGGCGUGAUGGAAAAUUUGUCUUCUUUAAAGAUGAUCGAUAUUGGGUGUUCAGGGAGGCGGACGUGCUGCCCGGGUACCCACAGCCCCUGUAUGAGUACGGGCGAGGACUUCCCACGCACAAAAUCGACACGGCUCUGUGGUGGGAGCCCAGUGGAAACACCUAUUUCUUCACAGGAGACCGAUAUUGGUGUUUCAGCGAGGACACCCGCACCACAGACAGAGAGUCCCCCAAACCCAUCGGCACCUGGGGCCGGAUCCCUCACUCCCCCAAAGGAGCCUUCCUCAGUGAGGAUGGAGCGUUCACAUAUUUCUACAAAGGCAGCAGUUACUGGAGGUUUGACAACAAGCGCUCCGAAGCCGACAUAGGCUUCCCCCGCUCCAUCCUGAAGGACUUCAUGGGCUGUGCGGCGGCCCCCGAUCCGAGGCCCGACCCCGAGCUGGACCGCGAGGAGGAGCCGGUCCGUCCCGCCGAUCGAGGUAAAGACGAGCACAAAGAGCCGGACGGGGACCAAGACCGGGACGCCGCCUCCGAAGGAGACGAGGCCGCAGAGCCUGGCGGCGCCGAGGACGAAGACGACAAAGGGAAGAACGUGGUCAUAACGGUGGCGAGCAACGAAUCUAAAGUCCUGACUCUGGUCAUGGUGACGGUCCCUCUGGUGCUCAUCCUGUGCAUCCUCAUCCUGAUCUACGCCAUCCUCAGGACGCUGCAGAACAAGGAGCCCCCCAGGGCUCUGGUGCACUGUAAGCGCUCGCUGCAGGACUGGGUCUGACCGCCACGCCGCCAGCGUGCUUUUUCCACCUGGUGACCCGCAUGAAACCGUCACAGAAGAGACGCCAGCACCUCUGGAGAAACCGACUUCUCCUUCUGGCCUUGAAUGUUCCUCUUUGUGCCUUAAAGAAAUCCCAACCAGAAAAUGAGUUUUUGCACCAAAAAAAUAUAUUUGUUUGUAUUUUACCACUAUGAGUUUACAAAAUCUAAAGGUGCGUUCACACCGAUCGCGGUUCGCCCGUGGAGGCGGAGUUUCAAUGUUAAGUCAAUGGAACAGACAUGAGGCGAUCUGAAGUCCCUCGGCGUGGCGGGAAGGUCUGCCAGCAGCUCGAUUUGAGCGGCCAAAAUGUAAAGCUUGACAGGUCGCUGCAUCACAUCUACCAAUCAGGAACUCAGCUUUGGUCACCUGACAUUUUCAGUGACUCGAUGAGCGGGUAAAAUACGAGUCUAAAGCGAGUGUUUUUGUCCAGAACUUCCCUCCUUUCCUGAACCUGUUGGAGCUGCAGAUUCUCAGUUCUUCAGAGAUUCUCUCCAGUUUUAUUUUUUCCCCUUGGGUUAAUACGAGACAGAGAGCCUUCAAGCUCAGCCACAGAGACACAGAAACACUGUGGAAGCGGCUGUCAUACAGACACAGCUCCUGUACCAAGAAAAUCUUUAACAAUAAUCAUAAGUCAAACAUGGAGACAUGAUUACUGAUGUUUUUAUAGAACUCUCCACAAUAAAUGAACCUUCAUUCUUUGACAUCAUCCGUGUCUUCAGACAUUCUUAAUGAGAAAUCCACAGACACCGUUCCUUAUAGCGAUCAUCCUAAGUGCAUUAGCUGCUGGCUCCUCCCACACACGGCCGCGGCGUCAAACUUGGUAGUAUAUUUUUUUGAUGGGCGACAAACGGUGAAUUCGUGGAAUGAAUCGUGUUCGGUGUGAACGCACCUUCAGCCGGAGGAGGAAGGUUUGGUUUGUUUGUAGCGUAAUGCAGUCAGAAGAGCACAUACUGACGUCACGGUUCUGAUUCACGUCGCUGAUCGAGAAGCUUCUGUCAAUCAAAUGUGUUUUCUGUGUCGUUUGCACUUUUCAUUUGUUUUUUAAUCAUUGUUUUGCUCGGGGGGGUUGUGCUUCAGAGAAGGAACACAGGAAUGUCAGACAGCUGUGUCCA